UUGUCGGCCAUCUGAAACCCUCUCACCCCGGCAGUAAACAUGACGGCAGCGUGACGCGUUAGCACUGCCGGCAGUAGCAGCCUCCCUGAAUCCCAAGUGUGUGUUUGCGGCGUUGCCAUGGACGACCUGACCGCAGCCCUCUCGUCCAGCUUCGCUGUGUCCAGGGAGCCAAACAGCACCGCCGCCCCUCACCCUCGGCUGGCCCAGUACAAGAGCAAGUACAGCGUUCUGGAGCAGAGCGAGCGGCGACGGCGUUUUCUUGACCUGCAGAAAACAAAAAGAUUAAACUAUGUCAACCACGCACGUCGCUUGGCCGAUGGGGACUGGACGGGGCCAGACAGCGAUGGGGAGGACGACAUGGACAAACAGGAGGAUGGGGAGCGGCAACAGGAAGAGGAAGAGGAGGGGAUGGAGGUAGAGAGGAGGAAGCUGCCCAAGCAUUAUGCAAACCAGCUAAUGCUGUCAGAAUGGCUGGUGGACGUUCCUCCAGAUCUGGACACCGAUUGGCUGAUGGUGGUCUGUCCUGUGGGGAAACGAUCUCUAAUUGUUGCCUCCAAGGGUUCCACUGCUGCGUACACUAAAAGCGGCUAUUGUGUGAGCCGUUUCCCUUCCCUGCUCCCCGGUGGGAACAGACACAACUCUGCCAUGGGAAAAGACUACACCAUCUUGGACUGCAUUUACAGCGAGGUGGACAGAACCUACUACAUCCUGGACGUCAUGUGUUGGAGAGGACACCCGGUCUACGACUGCCCAACUGAGUUUCGCUUCUACUGGCUCCAGUCUAAGGUCCAGGAGACGGACGGCCUGUCGGAGAUCGCCAAACGCAACCCUUUCCGGUUCGUGAGUCUCCAAAGCACCGACUGCAGAGCCGAGUCCGUUCAGAAAGCACUGGCAGCCGAGUACAGCUUCGGUGUGGACGGACUUCUCUUCUACCACCGGCAGACCCACUACACCCCCGGCAGCACCCCUCUGGUUGGCUGGCUUCGCCCCUACAUGGUGACAGACAUCCUGGGGAUGGAGGUUCCCGUCGGACCCCUCACUGCCAAGCCGGAGUACGCCGGCCUGCAGCUGCAACAAAUCCUGGAACACAAACAGCCGUCCGUUGAGGUUCGGCCCGCCAACAGAAGCGGCGGCUAUGAGCUAGAGCACCUGUCCACUCCGAGCACGGACAGCAAGGACGCCUUGAACUUCCUGAAUCAGAAGCCGAUAAAGGAAGCAAACAUGGAAAUGUGAGGGAGGCUUAAAUCGAGUUUUCUACGUGUGGGCAGCACACAGGAAGCUCUUUAGAAAACUCUGCUCAAGGACCAAUGGCAACGCGUGGCUAAUUUUAAUCCGGCACGUCUCUGGACGCCCUCGGAGUGCAGAUUAGCGGUGCUGUGCCGCAUGCUCACCUUCCAAGCCGUCAAAACACAACCCAGAAGAGACGACGGAGACACAAAAAUGACAACCUUUUUUUUUUGGCCAAGUAAUUUCUCGCUGCUCUGCGCGUUCUCAUUGUGGAUAAAGCGAGCACGAAACAUCUCAUCAUUACCGUUUGUUGGGUUUGCAGGUUUUCUGCAGCUGCUGUUCAUGCUGACUCAGCAGAACACAGCAGCUUCAGCAGGUCAUUAGUUCAGCGCCAGCAGAGCAUGCCGAGCCGCCAGUGGAGGGUGAACCGUCCCAGAUACCCUGUCAGCCGCUGAUCAGCAUCUGUGAUGGGUUUUUAUAGUAGAAUGGUAAAGUUAAAAAGUUUUAAAUCUCCUAAAUAAAUGCCUUUUUUUUGACAGUUUUUUCUCAUUGCACUGAAGUUUUGUUUUGCUUUCAAAGUUUCUUUUUGUAUUUUGUAAAUGUGGCAGUAGUUUACUGAUACUCAGACCAUUCAGAUAUUUAAAGAUUUAAAUACUGGAAGCCACGUCAUCAUUGAUCAGUGUUCUACGAUGGCUGUGGCUCAUUCAGGUUCAACAACCUGAGGAGUUUUUUUUCCCUCCCAUCUCUACUUGAUUUCUCGAGUGUGUCAGUAGAUCUGCGUGGUUUCUGAUGGUAAGCCAUGACUCAGCACUCACACCUUGGCUCAUCAGCAGAAAUAUACUGUCAUUUUCAAAACCCUGCAAAAAAGAAAGGGAAAAAAAUAUUUGCAAUGAAUAGACCUGAAAGUGUCAAGUAAGGUUGUGAUGCGAUUGUCAUUUCAUUUGUGCUACCAUUGAAAAUUGUUGGCCAAAUUAAACUCACCGGUGUAAAGAAGA